AUGCUGCCUCGGCGUGAGCAGCACCGGCUGCAGUUGCGGGAGGUGAUCAAGGAGUUUCAGAGAUUCCCAGGGGAUGUUGGCUCCUCAGAAGUGCAGGUUGCACGGCUAACACGCAAGAUCCAUGACCUGGCAGAGCACCUGAAGGUGCACCGCAAGGACCACAGCUCCAGGAGAGGUCUGCAGGGCUUGCUGAGUCAGCGUCGCAGUCUCCUCCAGUACCUGCGGCGGAGCAACUUUGACACCUAUGCCAUGACCAUCAGCAAGCUGGGCCUCAAGGACAACUACGCACAGAAUGACAGGUUCACCGUGCGCUACAAGCCCCUGGACUACGAGUGCCUGGUGGAGUUCAUCGCCGUCACACCGACGGCACGCGGGCAGGGCGUCGGCACCGCCCUCCUGCGCUGGGCAGAGGAGGUGGCCGUGGCCGGGCUGUUGCAGCGCUGGCCCCUCUCCGUGAGGGCCAUGGGUCACAUCACCAUGACUCUGUGGGUGGCAGCAGACAACGCGCCGGCCACCAGCAUGUAUGCGCGCCAGGGGUACGCCACCACUUCGCGCACCGACUGCGGGGUCUGCGCCUGCCUGCACGCCCGGCUUCUCACCAGCUUCCUGGGGCACCCAGUGUGGGCCCACAUGUCGCGCCAGGUGCCCGUCCCCCCGGAGGCGCUGGCCGCCCUGCCGCCGGCGGCCAUGGCGCGCGGCGGGGCGUCGGCGCGCGAGGAGCUGGUGGAGGUCAGCCUGCACAGCUCCAGCGCCGGCGCCGGGAAGACUGCCGCGCCGGGCCCCCUGCUGGCGGCGGCCCUCAAGCGCCGCCAGGGCUCUGGCGGUCAGGAGAUCGCGCUGACGGAGCAACGCAUCGGGGCCCUGGCCGGCGUGAGGCAGGUGUCGGGGGCGGUGGGGCCCUCACCCUCCCCCUCCCGCGCCUGGACCAGCGGCAGCGAGGACCUCCCCGCCGCACCACUGGUGCUGUACGGGGGGGAGGGCCGCGGCGGUGGCCAGUCGGAGGGUGGAGGCGGCACCGCAGCGCCCGUCACGGGCUGGUCCGAGGGGUUGGGUGUACCAAUCGAAGACACCCCGGAGCCUGGUGCGUUCCCAGACCCUGUGCUGGCCCUGCCCCGCAGUGAACACGGCUCGUGGUGUUGA